AUGCAAACCGAACGCCAACCUCAAACCCAUGUCCACGACCUCUAUGGGUGUUGUCCUGGACAGGGCCCCCAACAAUACAAAUCGACACACCAACGCAUACCCCUAGAUCGAGGUCUACAAUGGGGAUCUGACCCGAACUUCUGCUAUCACGGCUUCUCCUGCCCGAUCGGAAGCUGGACAGAAGAACGACUCCUUCGGAACGCGAUGCGCAACAUGGCCUACAUGGCCAGCAGCGUCAAAGCAGAAUUCAACCUCGACUUCAACAUCUCCGACUAUAUCAACGACCAUAGGUCUGAAGCGGCUGACGUGGUCAGGUUGAAUGGAUUCGAUCUUUUGCCCACGGAACAAUCGAAUGGCAAGCGCAGUCCGACGCCACCGUCAACAGCCUCACCGUCAAGUACAUCGAGUCCCGAGCGACAAGAGAAAGAUUUGCAGCCGCCCAAUAAGAAGCGGAAGUGUGUACAGAAACCUGGGCAAAAGUUGUGUCAUUGUCGCUCAGAGAAGAAGAGGAGGGAGGCUGUAAGCCAGGGAUAUCGUGAUCUGUCAGAGGUGGUGCCUGGGCUGGAGGGUCAAAAUUUUACGAGGAAGUAUGUUCUGAAUGCGACAGCGCAUUAUUUGGAGCAGUUGAUGGAUGGAAAUGAGGCAUUGAAGCGGCAACUGGAACAAAUGAAGGACCAGGAGGAUAAGGAAAUACAAAAACUCUUGAUGGGGUCCGAGUCAAAGGUAUGA